AUGCGCCGGAAACGCUGCCCUCGUUGCCAUCGUCUAUUUCAUUCAUUAGGACGUCAUUCUCGUUUCUGUUCUGUUUCUGAUGGAGGCACAUCGUCUGGAUUUCCUACUGAGCCUGAUCUGCAUCUGGAAUCAGAUUCUACCUCACCACGUGCACGCAACACUUCGCCACGCGAACGCAACAUUUCGCCAGGUGCACGCAACGUCGUUCCAGCUGAACUUGCUCUACCUGAAACGCUUUCGUCUUCCCUUGACGACUGUACUUCACAACGUUCACAAGUGCGUUCUUCUAUUUCUCCUUUGAUCUCUGCAGUUUCUGUCCGGAAGUCUUCCGUUUGGUAUGAUGACUCUGUUCACACCUUUGUCGCCACGGCGACCACCAGGGAUGCCGCUGAUAAGUCGACACCUGCUGACACAACCCCGCCUCUUCUGCACAGUGGUUCUGUUGGUGUUGCUACGAAGCUCUCUGAUGGUCAUAAUGUCCAGUCUAAUCGUUUUCUCCCUCGCCUACGUCUACCUAAGGCGUCUGAUGAUGUCUCCUGGCGCGAAGUUGAUAAUUGGAUUAAAGUAAACGUCGUUCCUCUUGUCUUACAAACUCCCGAUGUAAAUUCCAAGUUUGCUCUUCUUCAUGGCAAUCUUUUCUCGUUUCUUAAGCGGCGUUUCGGCUGUCAAUCCACGUCCUCACGUAAACGUAAACGCGCUAACAAGCUAAAGUCACAGUCUACCGUUGACGAUCUACGUUGCGCUAAGAAUGAUCUGCGAAAGAAGUUCAGACAAGCCAAACGUGAUGGCGUGUCACCAGAUGUCAUUCUUCAUCUAGCCCGUCAAUUUCAUCAACUAGUGCGUCGACACAGCAAGACUGUCAUGGAAGAGUCAUUUAAAAUCUGGAUCAAGAGGAACAGUUCAUAGCCUUGUUACUGUGUUUAAUUAAUGGUUAACUUAGUCUUCUCUUUUACUUUAGUCUUGCUGUGCUAGCCAACUUCGUUGUAGCUAGUCUAGAGCUCUUAGCUGCUGUCCCAUAUGUCGCCACGGGAUUGUUAACCGUGUUGGACAGGGGUUGCUAGCUGCUCCCCAUUUGUUUAUUUAUUUCAAUAAAUGGGUUUGACCGUGUAUUG